AUGUGUCUAUCUUUAUUUCUUUUCUUAAAUAAAUAAAGACGAACAUAUAUUUAUCUAAUAAGUAAGUUUACCAAGAAGUUGAAACAACCGACCCUGUGAUAUGUGAUUAAUUCCAUUAGUCAUCAGUUGUCAUUUUUUCGAGAUUCUAAAUAUACGCAUUGUCAGUGAUUAAUAAAGAAUCAGAUAAACUUUUUAAGUGUCUACAACAUAGUAAAAAUCUACUAAAGAUUCAUCCCUAUAUUCAGAUCAGUGGUUCUAGUCUUUGUGACGUUUAAUUUCUUUAAAGAAAUGGCAUUCAACAUACAAAAUAUGGAUGGGGAGGAAGAUUCACAAGCGAAUCAGUGGUACGGAGUUAGAGAAGCGACAUUGUUUCUCGUUGAUGCUACACAAAAAAUGUUUGAAAUAGAACCAGAAAGCAAACUCAGUCAUAUUCAAAAAUUUUUUAAGUUGUAUAAACAAAUUCUUCGACAAAAGUUGGCAUGGAAUAUGCAAGAUUGGAUGGGUGUGGUAUUAUUUGGUACAGAAGGAAGUGACCCUAACUCAGCAUGGCAGAACAUUCAGACUUUGCAUGAACUCAGAGUUGUUACCUUGGAUGAUUUACAACAAAUUAGAAAACUAACUAAAAGUGGCAUGAAGGGUUACCAGAGCAUGAAAUCCAUAGAUACUUAUCCACUGUACGAUGCGUUGACAUACUCCAUGGACAUCUUUUUGAAGAUAAAAACAGUUCUCACCAAACGCAGGAUAGUUCUGAUCACUUGUCAUAUCCCUAAGCUCUCGGACGAAGAAAAACAUCGCAUCAGAUCAAAGGCUGCGCACUUUAAGGACUUGGACAUUAAACUAUACGUGAUUGGUUUGGCAAAGAAUUGGAUGCCCAAUCAAUUCUACCAAGAUUUAGAGAUGCUAUCAAGAAAAACAGACAUAGACGGUUACAGGCCAACAUCACUGGUAGAUCUAGUGCAACAAAUUAAAGCGCCGUCCAAAAAUAUCGCACGCUUAGUCUUUCAGAUACAUGAUGGUCUGGAGAUUGAUUUGGUCGUGCGUACUCUGGGCAGAAAGCGUAGAUGUUUGCAAAUGAAACAGCUAAGCAAAGCGACUAAUCAGGUUUUGUCAAGAUCAACAUAUUUCAAGAGCACAGACUUUUACAAUGAUGAGGACAACAGUGACAGUGAGGAACUUGAUCUUAUGAUACCAGAGGAAGUUAACUUGGAAACUAAGGAAUUGAUUGGUGGUAAAAAGUUACGUUUCAUGCAAAAAGAGCUCUUCCGGUUAAAGCAUAUACAUCCACCAGCUAUCAAGAUAAUUGGUGUGAAACCCAUACCCGAAGAUCUUUUCAGAUACCAUGUUAAACGGAAGUAUUUUAUCAGAGCGGAUUUUGGUAGCACUCGUAAAGACAAUCUAUUGUUCUUCAGCGCUUUAUUAAAUAAAUGUGCUGCUAAAGGAAGAAUGAUAGUGUGCGCGUUCACAAUGCGGAUGAACACUCAAACUACUCUCUGCUACAUGAUUCCAAAUACUGAACUGGGUGGUUUUUAUUUAUCGAAAAUUGCAUACCAGGGAAACAUAGGAGACAAGAGCGAAGCAUUGAUACAUUAUGACACACAAAAUCAUGUAACCAACAAGCAAGUUGCGCUGUGGAAAAAAACGAUUGAUCAACUCGACAUGAACUAUCAUCCAUCUAUGUUCAGAUCUUAUAAAUUGGAGUGUCAGAUACAAAUAGUAGAGAAGUUGGCUUUGGACAAGAAACCUGGGCCUCCGCCAAUUGAUUCUAUCGAGCAAUCAUUUUUGAAGACCUAUAAAAAAACAGUUGAUUUAGUGCCUGAAUUUAAGAGCAUGUAUCCUGAUAUAAGUAACUCCGAUGGGCCAACAAGAGUAAAAAGGGCUAGAAAGAACAAGGAAACAUAAUUGCUAAAUAAUCAUGUGCAAUUAUACAUACAGAGUAUAAUGUUGUAUAGGAUGAAUAUUUUUAAUAAAAUAUAGAAAUCAUUUUUUUUAAGUGAUGUCAUGUGAUAAAGAGAAACUUGUAAGAAACAAAAUGUUUGCUUUUGCAAAGCAUGUAAAAGAUAAAUAUUGGUUUUUAAAACACUACAUUUUGUUCACAAUAAAAAUGCACUUAUUCUUA